UUGUUAGAAAAUCGUGGGACCAUUCUAUAAAUGAACAUAUAUAUUGUUAUCAUUUAAAUCCAAAUAUUAUGGCAAGUGUAUAAGAUUGUUGAUGGACCGAUAUUCACUUACCAUUUGUGGCUUGAGUUCCCGGUUUGACUCAAGAUCCUCAAGAUCCCUUCCAUCUCUCACAUUAGGGUUUAUCUCCAUCUAUAAAUAUAUGUGAUGAGGAGCAAAUCAAUGUGGACGAUAUUAAUUCACAAAUUCGUUUUUCUUGAGUGCAAAGGGUUCUUAGAGUUGUCUUGAGAUCAACUGGAAAACCAAACUUGUUCUUCAGAUCCAAAAUCUUCAAUGGAAGCAGCAAAUGCUAAUUGUGGUAUAAUAUCUUCCAACUUGAAUCACAUUCCAGUUCUCAAUGGAACUAACUUUAAGGAAUGGAAAGAGAACAUUAUGUUAGUUCUCGGCUGCAUGGAUCUUGACCUUGCACUUCGGAUUGAGCAACCCAUCCUUACUGCCACAAGUUCAGUGGAAAAUAAAAGGGAUGCUGAAAAAUGGGAUCGCUCAAAUCGCAUGAGUCUAAUGAUCAUUAAGCGCGGCGUUCCAGAAGCCUUUAGAGGUGCAAAUGAGCAGUCUAUUAAUGCAAAAUAUUUUCUUGCUGAAACUGAACAACGUUUUGCAAAAAAUGAUAAGGCUGAAACAAGUACUUUUUUGCAAAAGAUGAUUUCAAUGAAGUAUAAAGGCAAAGGAAACAUAAGGAAGCACAUCAUGGAGAUGUUUCAUCUUGCUUCAAAACUUAAGGCGUUGAAACUAGAAAUUUCUGAUGAUUUUCUAGUUCAUUUGGUAUUGCUUUCUCUUCCUACACAAUUUAAUCAGUUUAAGGUCAGUUACAACUGCCAAAGGGAUAAAUGGACUCUUAAUGAGCUCAUUUCCUUUUGUGUGCAAGAAGAAGAAAGGAUGAAGCAGGAAACAACUGAAAGUGCUCAUUUUACUAGUACCUCUAAAGGUAAGGGCAAAAGAAAGAGAAAAGAAGCUGCUACUAAGGGACCAGUGCAAAAGAAACAACAUUUAGGCAAUGAUCAAAAGAAAAAGGAAUCGGGACCUCCUAAAUGCUUCUUUUGUCAAGAACCUAGUCACUUGAAGCCGGAUUGUCCAAAAUACCACGCUUGGCGAGUUAAGAAAGGGUUGCCUGAACUACCGAAAACCAAAUGAUGUUGAAAGAUAUAUCUAUGUGGGUGAUGGCAAGCAGGUUGAAGUCAAAGCAAUUGGCACAUUUCGUUUAUUACUAGAUACUGGCUUUUAUUUGGAUUUUCAAGACACUUGCAUUGUACCGUCUUUUAGACGCAAUUUGGUUUCUGUUUCUAAAUUGGAUAAAUCUGGUUAUUAUUGUUCUUUUGGAAAUGGUGAAUUUAGUUUGU